CGGGGCGGCACGGUACGGCUCUGCUCGGCACGAGACGGCUCGGUUCGGCGCAGCUCAACACGUCUUGGCACGGCUUGGGUCGGCACGGCUCGAGCCACGCUGCCAUGGGAGGCUGCGGCAUGCGGGCGUGGCGGGAGCUGCUGGUGCUGCUGGGCAGUGUGUGGCUGGGGGUGGGCAGCUCCCAGCCCACGCCCCUGGGCCCCACGCGCACUCCUGGGCCCCAGCUGAAGUUUCGUCUGGCCGGUUACCCACGCAAGCACAACGAGGGCCGCGUCGAGGUCUUUUACAACGAUGAGUGGGGCACCAUCUGCGAUGACGACUUCACGCUGGGCAAUGCGCACGUGCUGUGCCGGCACCUCGGCUUUGUGGCUGCCACUGGCUGGGCCCACAGCGCCAAGUAUGGCAAAGGCGUUGGGCGCAUCUGGCUGGACAAUGUGAACUGUGCCGGAGGCGAGAAGAGCAUUGGGGACUGCAAACACCGGGGCUGGGGCAACAGCGACUGCAGCCAUGAGGAAGAUGCGGGUGUCAUCUGCAAGGAUGAGCGCAUCCCAGGCUUCAAGGACUCCAAUGUCAUUGAGACAGAGCAGAGCCACGUGGAGGAGGUCCGCCUGCGGCCGGUGGUGUCCGGGGCCCGGCGGCAGCUGCCAGUGACAGAGGGCAUCGUGGAGGUGCGCUACAAGGACGGCUGGGCACAGAUUUGCGACGAGGGCUGGGACAGCCACAACAGCCGCGUCGUCUGUGGCAUGAUGGGUUUCCCGGCUGAGAAGAAGGUCAACAGGAACUUCUACAAGCGGCUGAAGCGAGCAGCCAGGAUGAAGGGCCGGAGCCCAAGGCCAGGCAGCAGGCUGGCCUCCAAAUCUCAGCCUAAACAAAAGCGCAGGGAGGACAUAGGGCCCAGGAAGAGGCUCUUCACGGAGCGGCAGCAGCUCAACUACUGCCUGCACUCAGUGUCAUGCACAGGGACAGAGGUGCAUCUCUCCAUGUGCACCUUCGAGUUCUACCGAGGCAAUGCCUCGGCCGCCUGCGGGGCCGGGAUGCCCGCCGUCGUCAGCUGCCUGCCUGGGCCCAUCUUCGCUGCUGGGAAUGCCCACAAGAAGAGACAACGCCAGCAGCAGCAGGGCCAGCCCCGGAUCCGGCUGAAGGGCGGCGCAAGGGUCGGCGAGGGCCGUGUCGAGGUGCUCAAGAGCAGCGAGUGGGGCACGAUCUGCGACGACCGUUGGAACCUGCUGUCGGCCAGCGUGGUGUGCCGCGAGCUGGGCUUCGGCAGUGCCAAGGAGGCCCUCACCGGCGCACGCAUGGGCCAAGGGACGGGACCCAUCCACCUUAACGAGGUGCAGUGCCAGGGCACCGAGAAGUCUCUCUGGAGCUGCCCCUUCAGGAACAUCACGCAGGAGGACUGCAAGCACACGGAGGACGCGGCCGUCCGCUGCAACAUCCCCUACAUGGGCUACGAGAACCUGAUUCGGCUGAGCGGGGGCCGGAGCCGCUUCGAGGGGCGGGUCGAGGUGGCGGUGGGGGCUGGCGACGGGGACCAGCCCCGCUGGGGUCUGGUCUGCGGCGAAGGCUGGGGUACGCUGGAGGCGAUGGUGGCCUGUCGCCAGCUGGGUCUGGGAUUCGCUAACCACGGCUUACAAAUCCGCCUGGCCGGCGGGAGGACAGCAUUCGAGGGCCGCGUGGAGGUGAAGCGAGGCAGUAAGUGGGGCACGGUCUGCAGCGAUGGCUGGACCACAAAGGAGGCCAUGGUGGCCUGUCGUCAGCUCGGCCUGGGCUACUCCCUGCAUGCAGUGACGGAGACAUGGUACUGGGACGCCAGCAAUGUGACGGAGAUGGUCAUGAGCGGGGUGAAGUGCGCUGGCCACGAGAUGUCCCUGAGCCAUUGCCAGCACCACGGCGCCAGCCUGAGCUGCAGGAACACGGGCACGCGCUUCGCCGCAGGCGUCAUCUGCUCUGAGACUGCCUCGGACCUGCUGCUGCAUGCACCGCUGGUGCAGGAGACGGCCUACAUCGAGGACCGGCCGCUGCACAUGCUGUACUGCGCCGCCGAGGAGAACUGCCUCUCCAGCUCUGCCCGCCUGGCCAACUGGCCCUAUGGGCACCGCCGCCUGCUCCGCUUCUCCUCCCAGAUCCACAACCACGGCCGUGCCGACUUCCGCCCCAAGGCCGGCCGGCACUCCUGGGUCUGGCACGAGUGCCACCGGCACUACCACAGCAUGGACAUCUUCACCCACUACGACAUCUUGACCCCGAACGGCACCAAGGUGGCUGAGGGACACAAGGCCAGCUUCUGCCUGGAGGACACUGAGUGCGAGGAAGACGUGGCCAAGCGGUACGAGUGUGCCAACUUCGGGGAGCAGGGCAUCACUGUGGGCUGCUGGGACCUGUACCGGCACGACAUCGACUGCCAAUGGAUCGACAUCACUGAUGUUAAGCCGGGCAACUACAUUCUGCAGGUUGUGAUCAACCCCAACUUCGAGGUGGCAGAAAGUGACUUCACCAACAACGCCAUGAAAUGCAACUGCAAGUACGACGGGCACCGCAUCUGGGUGCACAGCUGCCACAUUGGAGAUGCACUCAGCGAGGAGGCCAACAAGCGGUUUGAGCAUUACCCAGGUCAGCUCAACAACCAGAUUUCAUAGGGUCCCAGACCCCAGAGAGAUGGGCAUCUCCCUCCCUCACCCUGUACGGGUAGGAGGAAGCCCCUGGGGGCCGGCAGGGAGGCCUCAUGCCCGGCACUGCUGCUGCUGGGGACUGCCCAGGACUCACCAUCGGCUGCCCUUCCCCACCUCGGGGAGCUGGGGCUGGAGGCGGCACCAACACCUGCACCUCCCAGCCUGGGGCUGCCACCCCAACCACUGGCCAGAAAACCUGUGCCCACGUUCCCUGGGCUGUGGCACAUGAGUACGGUCUGGAUCCCCCACCGCUCCAGUCCUUCCCAUUCCAGCUGCAUCCCACCUCCUGCUCCUCCCUUCAGCCCUGGUUCCUCUCACUCCACAUCCCUUCCCACAGCUCAAUCCCUGUGCCCGUCCGAGGACCCACUCUCCAUGCAGGGACCCAUUCCCCUGCCUGGCCUCAGGAGCCUCUGGUCCCCAGGGGUGGUGAGGGUGCCCCUGCUUGCAGCACUGCCCAGGGGCGGCUCAUACCCCAUCUCUCAACCGUAAUUUUAUUUUCUCUAUAAAGUUGUUAGUUCUAUUUC